AUGGCCGCCCAGCGCAGGAGGAAGGGAGGAGAGGUCGAGAGCGACUACAUCAAGUACCUCAAGUACAAGAACACCGGCUUCCAGGUGAGCGCCAGCGACAAGACGCUCGCGUGGUGGCCCACCAAGGACGCCGACCGCGCCUUCUGUCACGUCGAGGUGACCAAGGACGACGGCAAGAACUUCACCGUCCGCCUCGAGAACGGCGAGGAGAAGUCGCAGCCCAAGAACGAGAAGAACUUCCUCGGUGUCAACCCGCCCAAGUUCGAUGGCGUGGAGGACAUGGGUGAGCUCGGUUACCUCAACGAGCCCGCCGUGCUCCACAACCUCAAGAAGCGUUACGAUGCCGACCUCUUCCACACCUACUCUGGCCUGUUCUUGGUGGUGGUGAACCCCUACAAGAGGCUCCCCGUGUACACCCCGGAGAUCAUCGACAUCUACCGUGGUCGCCAGAGGGACAAGGUGGCUCCUCACAUCUUCGCCAUCUCCGACGCUGCCUACAGGGCCAUGCUCAACACCAGGCAGAACCAGUCCAUGCUCAUCACUGGUGAGUCGGGAGCUGGUAAGACGGAGAACACGAAGAAGGUCAUCCAGUACCUGACGGCCAUCGCCGGUCGCGCUGAGGGCGGUCUGCUGGAGCAGCAGCUGCUCGAGUUCAACCCGAUCCUCGAGGCCUUCGGUAACGCCAAGACGACCAAGAACAACAACUCGUCGCGUUUCGGUAAGUUCAUCGAGCUGCAGUUCAACGCCGGCGGUCAGAUCACGGGCGCCAACACGUUCAUCUACCUGCUCGAGAAGUCGCGCGUGACCGCCCAGGGUGCCGGCGAGCGUAACUUCCACAUCUUCUACCAGAUCCUGUCCAAGGCCAUGCCCGAGGAGCUCAAGCAGAAGCUGAAGCUGACCAAGCCCGAGGACUACUUCUUCCUCAACCAGAACGCGUGCUACACCGUCGACGACAUGGACGAUGCCAAGGAGUUCGACCACAUGCUCAAGGCCUUCGACAUCCUCAACAUCAACGAGGAGGAGCGCCUGGCCAUCUUCCAGACCAUCUCGGCCAUCCUGCACCUGGGCAACCUGCCCUUCAUCGACGUCAACUCGGAGACGGCGGGCCUCAAGGACGAGGUGGAGCUUAACAUCGCCGCCGAGCUGCUGGGCGUGUCGGCCGCCGGGCUCAAGGCCGGUCUCCUGUCGCCGCGCAUCAAGGCCGGUAACGAGUGGGUGACCCGCGCGCUCAACAAGCCCAAGGCCAUGGCCUCGCGUGACGCCCUGUGCAAGGCCCUCUUCGGCCGCCUGUUCCUGUGGAUCGUGCAGAAGAUCAACAGGAUCCUGUCGCACAAGGACAAGACGGCGCUGUGGAUCGGCGUGCUCGACAUCUCCGGUUUCGAGAUCUUCCAGCACAACUCGUUCGAGCAGCUGUGCAUCAACUACACCAACGAGAAGCUGCAGCAGUUCUUCAACCACCACAUGUUCACCCUCGAGCAGCAGGAGUACGAGCGCGAGAAGAUCGACUGGACCUUCGUCGACUACGGCAUGGACUCGCAGGACUGCAUCGACCUCAUCGAGAAGAAGCCCAUGGGCAUCCUGCCCCUCCUCGACGAGCAGACCGUGUUCCCCGACGCCGACGACACCUCGUUCACCAAGAAGCUCUUCCAGACCCACGAGAACCACCGCAACUUCCGUCGCCCGCGCUUCGACGCCAACAACUUCAAGAUCGUCCACUACGCCGGCGAGGUCGAGUACCAGACGUCGGCCUGGCUCGAGAAGAACCGCGACCCGCUCGAGGACGAUCUCUCCAACCUGUGCAAGAAGAGCUCCGUGCGCUUCGUCACCGGCCUCUUCGACGAGGACCUCAUGCCCUCGUUCAAGGCCGCCCCCGCCGAGGAGGAGAAGGCCGCGGCCGGCGGCUCGCGCAACCGCUCGACCGGCCGCGGCAAGGGUGGUGCCCAGUUCAUCACCGUCGCCUUCCAGUACAAGGAGCAGCUGGCCCACCUCAUGUCCAUGCUUUCCUCCACGGCCCCGCACUUCAUCCGCUGCAUCAUCCCCAACUUGGGCAAGAAGCCCGGAGUGGUGAGCGACCAGCUCGUGCUCGACCAGCUCAAGUGCAACGGUGUGCUCGAGGGCAUCCGUAUCGCGCGCAAGGGCUGGCCCAACCGCCUGAAGUACGACGAGUUCCUCAAGCGCUACUUCCUGCUUAAGCCCGGCGCGACCCCCACGUCGCCGUCGACCAAGGACGCCGUUAAGGACCUCAUCGAGCACCUGAUCGCCAAGGAGCCCACCAAGGUCAACAAGGACGAGGUGCGCUUCGGUGUCACCAAGAUCUUCUUCCGCUCGGGCCAGCUGGCCGCCAUCGAGGAGCUGCGCGAGCAGGCCAUCUCCAAGAUGGUGGUGUCGAUCCAGGCCGGCGCGCGCGCCUUCCUCGCCCGCCGCAUGUACGACAAGAUGCGCGAGCAGACCGUGUCGGCCAAGAUCCUGCAGCGCAACAUCCGCGCCUGGCUCGAGCUCAAGAACUGGGCCUGGUACCAGCUCUACGUCAAGGCCCGCCCGCUCAUCUCGCAGCGCAACUUCCAGAAGGAGAUCGACGACCUCAAGAAGCAGGUCAAGGACCUCGAGAAGGAGCUCGCCGCCCUCAAGGACGCCAACGCCAAGCUCGACAAGGAGAAGCAGCUCGCCGAGGAGGACGCCGACAAGCUCGAGAAGGACCUCGCCGCGCUCAAGCUCAAGAUCCUCGAUCUCGAGGGCGAGAAGGCCGAUCUCGAGGAGGACAACGCGCUGCUGCAGAAGAAGGUGGCCGGCCUCGAGGAGGAGCUGCAGGAGGAGACCUCGGCCUCCAACGACAUCCUGGAGCAGAAGCGCAAGCUCGAGGCCGAGAAGGCCGAGCUCAAGGCCUCGCUCGAGGAGGAGGAGCGCAACCGCAAGGCCCUCCAGGAGGCCAAGACCAAGGUCGAGUCCGAGCGCAACGAGUUGCAGGACAAGUACGAGGACGAGGCCGCCGCGCACGACUCGCUCAAGAAGAAGGAGGAGGACCUGUCGCGCGAGCUCCGCGAGACCAAGGACGCCCUGGCCGACGCCGAGAACAUCUCCGAGACCCUGCGCUCCAAGCUCAAGAACACCGAGCGCGGCGCCGACGACGUGCGCAACGAGCUCGACGACGUCACCGCCACCAAGCUCCAGCUUGAGAAGACCAAGAAGAGCCUCGAGGAGGAGCUCGCCCAGACCCGCGCCCAGCUCGAGGAGGAGAAGAGCGGCAAGGAGGCCGCCAGCUCCAAGGCCAAGCAGCUCGGCCAGCAGCUCGAGGACGCCCGCUCCGAGGUCGACUCGCUCAAGAGCAAGCUCUCGGCCGCCGAGAAGUCGCUCAAGACCGCCAAGGACCAGAACCGCGACCUCGACGAGCAGCUUGAGGACGAGCGCACCGUGCGCGCCAACGUCGACAAGCAGAAGAAGGCGCUCGAGGCCAAGCUCACCGAGCUCGAGGACCAGGUCACCGCCCUCGACGGCCAGAAGAACGCCGCCGCCGCCCAGGCCAAGACCCUCAAGACCCAGGUCGACGAGACCAAGCGCCGCCUGGAGGAGGCCGAGGCCUCGGCCGCGCGCCUCGAGAAGGAGCGCAAGAACGCCCUCGACGAGGUGGCCCAGCUCACCGCCGACCUCGACGCCGAGCGCGACUCGGGCGCCCAGCAGAGGCGCAAGCUCAACACCCGCAUCAGCGAGCUCCAGUCCGAGCUCGAGAACGCGCCCAAGACCGGCGGCGCCUCGUCCGAGGAGGUGAAGCGCCUCGAGGGCGAGCUCGAGCGCCUCGAGGAGGAGCUCCUCACCGCCCAGGAGGCCCGCGCCGCCGCCGAGAAGAACCUCGACAAGGCCAACCUCGAGCUCGAGGAGCUGCGCCAGGAGGCCGACGACGCCGCGCGCGACAACGACAAGCUCGUCAAGGACAACCGCAAGCUCAAGGCCGACCUCGACGAGGCCCGCAUCCAGCUCGAGGAGGAGCAGGACGCCAAGUCCCACGCUGACUCGAGCUCGCGCCGCCUGCUGGCCGAGAUCGAGGAGCUCAAGAAGCGUGUCGCCAAGGAGACCAGCGACAAGCAGAAGGCCCAGGACCAGAAGGCCAACUACCAGCGCGAGAACGAGUCGCUCAAGGCCGACCGUGACUCCAUCGAGAGGCGCAACCGCGACGCCGAGCGUCAGGUCCGCGACCUCCGCGCCCAGCUCGACGACGCCCUCUCGCGCCUCGACUCGGAGAAGCGCGCCAAGGAGAAGUCCGUCGAGGCCAACCGCGAGCUCAAGAAGGUCGUCCUCGACCGCGAGCGUCAGUCCCUCGAGUCCCUCUCCAAGUUCAACUCGGCCCUCGAGUCCGACAAGCAGAUCCUCGAGGACGAGAUCGGCGACCUCCACGAGAAGAACAAGCAGCUCCAGGCCAAGAUCGCCCAGCUCCAGGACGAGAUCGACGGCACCCCGUCCUCGCGUGGUGGCUCCACCCGCGGCGCCUCGGCCCGCGGUGCCUCCGUGAGGGCCGGCUCCGCCCGCGCCGAGGAGUAA